AUGGUUACCAUCACCAAGGCUACGACGAGGGAUGUCAGGUUCCCUACGUCUCUCGACAAGACUGGCUCCGAUGCUAUGAAUGCUGCUGGUGACUAUUCGGCUGCAUACUGCAUCCUACACACCGACUCUGAAUUCUCUGGCCACGGCAUGGCUAUCUCUCUUCUCUCCGCCCGUGUUGAGGGAAAGAAGCUCGAGGACCUCGUCUCCAACUGGGGCCAGACCUGGAGAUAUCUCGUCUCAGACAGUCAGCUGAGAUGGAUUGGUCCUGAGAAGGGUGUCAUCCACCUUGCUCUUGGUGCCGUCGUCAACGCCAUCUGGGACUUGUGGGCAAAAACACUGAACAAGCCUGUCUGGAGAAUUGUUGCUGAGAUGUCUCCCGAAGAAUUCGUCUCGUGUAUUGACUUCAGAUACAUCACUGAUGCCAUCACCAAAGAGGAGGCUAUCGAGAUGCUGAAGAAGGAGGAGCCUGGCAAGGCUGAGCGUAUCAAGCAUGCUGAGGCCAACAGAGCGGUGCCUGCCUACACUACCAGUGCUGGUUGGUUGGGUUACGGCAAGNNGGACAAGAUGAAGGGUCUGCUGCAGGAGACCCUCAACGCUGGGUACAAGCACUUCAAGCUCAAGGUCGGCACCAGCGUCGCCGAAGACAAGGAGAGAUUGAGCAUCGCCAGAGAGGUCAUUGGUUACGACAGAGGCAACUUCCUCAUGGUCGAUGCUAACCAGGUCUGGUCAGUCCCAGAGGCCAUCGAGUACAUGAAGCAACUCGCCGAGUUCAAGCCCUGGUUCAUCGAGGAGCCCACCAGCCCUGACGAUGUCUUUGGCCACAAGGCCAUUCGCGAAGCCCUCAAGCCCUACAACAUUGGUGUCGCUACUGGUGAGAUGUGCCAGAACCGUGUCAUCUUCAAGCAGCUUCUACAACAAGGUGCCAUCGAUGUCUGCCAGAUCGAUGCUUGCCGUAUGGGAGGUGUGAACGAGGUUCUUGCUGUCCUCCUCAUCGCAAAGAAGUUCGGCGUGCCGAUUGUCCCUCACUCUGGUGGUGUUGGUCUUCCCGAGUACACUCAGCACUUGAGCACCAUCGAUUAUGUUGUUGUUAGUGGUAGNCUCAGUGUGCUCGAGUACGUUGACCACUUGCACGAGCACUUCUUCCACCCUAGUGUAAUCAAGGAUGGCUACUACACUACUCCUACCGAGGCCGGAUACAGUGUGGAGAUGAAGCCUGAGAGUAUGGAUCAGUUCGAGUACCCUGGCAAGGAGGGCGUCAGUUGGUGGAAGAGCGAGGAGGCUAGACCCAUCCUUGAGGGGUGA